AUGACAAAACACCAGAACGGAGUCUAUAAACCGGAGGAGGCUGUCUAUCAUAAUGACGGCCGCGAAGAGCGACUUCUAGAAUUUAUUCAAUCUCAUCCAAAGUACAAAGAGAUGCAAGGAAAACCGGAGAUAAUUCUAGCCGCAAUCGACGAGUAUGGACACAAACGUGACUUUCUCAUGAAUGUCGGCUGGGAGAAAGGUAAAAUCGUGGCCGAGAAACUGAUUCCCGAGUUACGACCCGAUUUCAUGAUUGAACUGGGAGGCUAUGUGGGAUACUCUGCUUUGUUUUUCGGCAGUGCCCUAAAGCGCGCUGGUGGCCGCAAGUAUCUCAGUCUCGAAGCAAGCCUCAAGUUCGCUGCUGUAGCUGCGGCUUUGGUGGAACUUGCCGGAUUGGAAGAUGUAGUGGAAAUUAUUGUCGGGCCCUGCCGUGACUCUCUCCGCAACUUACGGCAGACUUACCCGACUGGCGCAGCUGAUGUGCUUUUCAUUGACCAUGCAAAGCUUCAAUAUGUCAAUGAUUUGAAGCUCUGUGAAGAGCUCAGUAUAGUGAGACCCGGGACAACUGUGAUUGCCGACAAUGUGAUUUCGCCAGGUAAUCCUGAGUACCGUGCCUAUGUGAGAGAGUCGAUCGGGGAUAAGAUUCGUCGUGUGGAUCAGGAGAACAAGGUAUGGAUGGCUUCUUUAGCAGAUCCAAGCAAAGAACAGUCCUUGGGAAACCCAUAUCUGAUCUAUGAGACUACCCUAAUUGAAAGUUGGGCGCCAACUGGUGAACCUGUGAGUUUCCCGCAAACGCAAACGCAAACGCCUUAA